UCCAUGCACACAUGAAGGCAUGGUCCCUACGUUUCUCCAAUCGAUGGAUAAGCAUGCAGAACAAAACGCAUGGAGCAGGCCUGCACCUGGAAACGGGGGCGGCAGUGGGCUCGUCUGAAUGUUUGUUGAACGGUGGAUGGAACGCCAGAGUUUGACCUGAACGCGGCAAAGCUGCCAAUUCAGUUGGCGGCGGUUCGAAAUCGAAUCCUCCCGAUUCCCCGAAUGGCGAACCAAGAAGUGCAGAUGGAAAAAAGAAGGUGGUGUCGACGUGGCAUCAUCCAGAGCAUAGGAGACGGGAAGCAGCAAGCCCGCCCGAACGCACAUACAAAUUACAGUACCGCCACAGCACGACUCCAAACGACGCAGAGCUCACACUCUCUCUCUCUCCCCCUUCACCCCCCACUCUGAGAUUUUCUUGCAUUCGGAGGCGAAUCGCAAGGUGUAUUACGAUCAUGAACAAGAUGAGGCCAUCUUUAAUCUUGGCCCCCGUUUUCUUGUUGGCUGUAUUGGUCGGAAGAACCAGGGGAGUGACAGAUUACUUGGAUGUCUUGGCACUUCAGGAUCUCUAUGGCGCCCUUAACUCUCCGAAACAACUCACUGGUUGGAACUCAAUUGGCGGUGAUCCAUGUGCAGAAUCAUGGAAAGGAGUUUCUUGCUUUGGAUCAGCAGUUGUGUCAAUUAGGCUAAGUGGACUUGGGAUUUCUGGAACUCUUGGACACCACCUAUCAGGCCUUCGUAACGUGAAUUCUCUGGAUGUCAGCAAUAACAGCAUUGGUGACACAAUACCAUCUGAGUUACCUACUAGCAUUUCUUAUCUAGACCUUUCAGCAAAUAAAUUUUCUGGAAAUAUCCCGUUUGUUUUUUCUGCCAUGAUGUCACUCAAUUAUUUGAAUCUUAGUCACAAUUUGCUUACUGGCUCAAUUGGCAAUAUCUUCACUAAUUUGAAGAAACUCUCCGUUCUAGAUCUUUCUUUCAACAAGCUUGCUGGAGAUCUGCCCAUUUCGUUCAGCUCCAUGUCCAGCCUCUCUGUUUUAAAUUUGCAAGGCAAUGACUUGACUGGGUCUGUUACCUUUUUGGUUGGCCUGCCUUUAUCAAAUCUGAACAUUGAGAACAACCAAUUCAGUGGCUAUAUUCCAAAGGAGCUUGACUUAAUUCCAGAUCAUAGGUACAGCAUUCACAUAUAUGUUUGUCAAACAGGCAAUAAAUUCCAGAACAGUGAUGACAGUCAAACAGGGAAUUUGACAAGAGUUCCAAUUACAAGGCAUACGCUUCCUUCUACAGCACAUAAUAUCAGUUACAGACAACAAAAUGAGCUCACAGCCUCUAGAAACUUUCCUCCCUAUGGAGGUAGCAAAUAUCAUAACAAGCGGGCCAUACCAGGAAAAGUGGCUGGUGCUGUUACUGCAACGAUAUUUGUGGCAACCUGCUUGAUGUUGGUUGUCAUAUUCAGAGUUCGUCGUUGUGUAAAAACAAAGCAUGAGAAAAGGCAUAGAAUUGAUGGCUGCUGUGAUACUCUUCCGAUUACCUCAGAUGAUGAACUGAGCACAAACUAUGUUAGGGCUCAUCUAUCUCCUAACAGUUCAAAGGUUGCACCCUUACAUAGUAAAUCGAUUACAUUAAGAUUAGAUGGAAGAAGAAAUGUGUGGAAAGGAGCAGAUACAAAUGCAACAUCAUACUCGCUUAUCGACCUUCAAAGUGCAACAGAAAACUUCAGUGCAAAAAGGCUUUUGGGGGAAGGGUCUACUGGAUGUGUCUACAUGGCAAAGUUUCCUAAUAAUCAGGUUCUGGCGGUUAAGAAGUUGGAACUGCUACCAUCCCUUAGAGAGAGAGAGCAAUUUUUGGAAAUUGUUUCCAACUUAUCACAAUUAAGGCACCCAAACAUUGUAAACCUUGUAGGUUACUGUGCAGAGCAUGGCCAACACCUUCUUGUUUAUGAGUACAUUAGCAGUACAACCCUCCAUGAUGCAUUGCAUUGUGUUGGUAACACUAAGAAAGUUCUGACAUGGGAUGCUCGACUGGAUAUUGCACUUGGUGUUGCGAGGGCUUUGGAGUACUUGCACGUGUCAUGUUUGCCUUCUGUUAUCCAUGGAAAUGUGAAGGCGAGUAAUGUUCUGUUGGAUGAUGAUCUCUUUCCUCAACUAUCUGACUGUGGGUUGGCACUAGUACCUAACGCUAGACGUCAGACCUCAUCUUUGUUGUUCUACUCAUCUGGCUACACAGCACCUGAAUCAACGAUGGUUGGAAUAUACAGUGAGAAAGGUGAUGUUUACAGCUUGGGCGUCAUAAUGUUGGAACUGCUGACAAAGCGAAAGCCAAAGGACAGUUUGCUGCCGAGAUGUGAGCAAUAUCUAGUCAGAUGGUUUGGUUCACGGAGACAAGAUUCUAAGGCAUUAAUGGAAAUAGUUGAUCCUGCAAUUUGUGGCAUCUCGUCAAGUUUUCUUUUACAAUUUGCAGACAUCGCUGUUGCUUGUGUUCAGUCUGAGCCAGAAUCUCGACCACAGAUCUCUGAAGUGGUUGCUGCGCUUCUUCAUUUAUUUCAAAAUGCAAGCCCUAAUUCAGCAGAGGCGUCUGAUGAUGCAUCAUUCUGGAGCAGUGGCACAGCAUUCGAAAGUUCUCCACUUUGAUUGUGGUUCUUCACCAUGAGAGAACAAGUAUUGGGAGUUAUUUUCUUGCUUGUUCAUGAAAAAUUGAACUUUUAUUCUUUUAUCUGUGAGGAAAGGCAGUUGUUUUCAAUCUCAGGAUGGUCAUGAUUCUAACUUUUUAUCAGGGUCUGCAUGUGCAGAUCUUGGUGAACUCUCAUAUGAUUACAUUGAAGCUAAAUCAAUCAUGUUCAUUAGCA